AUGAAUUUCCUCCUCUUGCUUGUUCUCGUAUUCUUUGCUCCUUUGCUGCUUUUUAUUGCAUGGCUGGCAGCUUCGUCUUGCUUGGGCAAUCGUUUUCGCACUCCCCUAGGAGGAUUUUCGGUGCGCCCGGGACUUGACUCAUAUGGCCAGAGCUAUCUCUGUACCAUGGCCAACUCUGGCCCUGCAAUGUCAGAGCAAAUUGAAUUGGAAAAUAUGCUCGCCGAACCAGGAACUCAUCCUCAAUUCGAUGAAGAGGACUGA